UUAUCGAAGCCAAAGCCCAAACCCGGAAACAAGAAGAACCAGUGUUUCCAGAGUGCCCACAGAGAGAGGGGCACAGAGCGCCAUGGAGUACAGAUGUGUAGAGUGCGGCGGUCGCAUGACGACUCUGUUCGUCCAAUACUCUCCCGGAAACAUUCGUCUCAUGAAAUGCGGUAAUUGCAAGGCAGUUGCAGACGAGUACAUUGAAUGCGAACCCAUAAUUAUUCUAAUUGAUUUGAUUCUGCACAAGACCAAAGCUUAUACACAUUUACUCUAUAAUGUCAUCGACCCACAAGCUCCUUCUUUCCAGGGUUUAUUGUGGAAGUCGACUUUCGGGUUUCUUCUGCUGGAUGCUUAUAGGAGUCUCUUUUUGGAAAGAAGCAAGGAAGAAUGGGGCUUGUCCAUGAGCUUCGCCUCGUUACUUUGGAGAUUUCAAAAGAUGCUGAUGGAUAUCGUCUUUGGAAAUAUCAUGUUUCUUUCUACAUUUUUACUUGCUAUGAGGAUUCUUUUCAGCACAUUCCCUAGACCACUCAGGUAUAAAGAGCUUCUGCUUGCAAUAUUUAUUUCAAGUUACUUCAAGAUGUUUCUUAUUGCAAUGAUGGUCUGGGAAUGUCCUUCUGUGAUUUUGAUCGUUGAUUUAUUUGUUUUAUCAUCCAACACUGUGGCACUCAAAGUAAUAACUCGGUCAGCUAUGAGUAGAUGUAUAGCGGCCUGCUUCAGUGCUCAUGUGGUAAAGUUUUUGGUCACACAAAGGUGCUGGAGUUGGGAACUUUUUAGAUCUUAAAUCAUUGGUUGCCUAACUUUCCCUGUAUUGAAACGCAUAAUUUUUGUUUAGACUUUUGUAUUCUCAUUUAUUAUUCUUUUGAACAAAUAGAUCAAUAUUUUCUGCGAAGACAGCGGUGGUGUUAGACUGGCUGCUGUAAAAUGUGGUGUAAAUAUGUAAGAUGUGUGUCACAGUAAUGAAAUAGAGUGCAGUUUUUUAGCAUUCUACUAUAAA